UCUCCCUCCCCUUUGUUGAAUCUUGUGCUGGAUCCACAGAUUCAGCCUCUCCAUCUCCGCUCCUCUUCCUCCCUCCCGUGUGUGUGUGGGUGUCUCUCUCUCUCUCUUCCCCCCACCCCCUCCCCUCUCUCCCUCCCUCCCUUCAGACCGUGUGCUGCUCAGAGCAAUGAGCAGGACACACCAGAUCCUCCUGAUCCCACAGAGGGCGAUCUGACUGACGUGGGAGGCUCCGACCGAGGUUCCUUUCAGCUCCAUCAGGACCUCCAAGAGGAGAGUGAGAGAGAGAGAGAGAAGAGGAGAAAAAAAUCCGCGUCUCAUCUCUUCCCCGAAAGACUCAUCUGAAAAUGCAGAGCAGAAUGGGGGCAAUCCGUCUGUCCGGCUGCUACUGCUUGUUUCUCAUUCUCUUAAACCCACCCAGCACCGCGGGAAGUAAGACAAAUCAAGAUGUUGACGAAUGUGUUGAAGGAACAGAUAAUUGUCAUAUUGAUGCUAUCUGUCAGAACACCCCCAAGUCAUACAAAUGUAUCUGCAAGUCUGGUUACACAGGAGAUGGCAAACAGUGUGAAGAUAUUGAUGAAUGUGACAACGAAUACAAUGGAGGCUGUGUCCACGAAUGCAUCAAUAUCCCAGGGAAUUACCGCUGCACUUGUUAUGAUGGUUUCAAGUUAGCACACGAUGGCCAUAAUUGCCUCGAUGUGGAUGAAUGUGGAGACAGCAAUGGUGGAUGCCAACAGAUCUGUGUCAAUAUGAUGGGAAGCUACGAGUGCCGAUGCCGGGAAGGAUUCUUCCUCAGUGACAACCAGCACACCUGCAUCCUGCGGCCUGAAGAAGGAAUGAACUGCAUGAAUAAAAACCAUGGAUGUGCUCACAUCUGUCGAGAAACUCCAAAGGGAGGAAUAGCCUGUGAAUGCAGGCCUGGAUUUGAACUCACAAAGAACCAACGGGACUGCAAGUUGACAUGUAACUAUGGAAAUGGAGGGUGCCAGCACACGUGUGAUGACACUGAUCAAGGCCCGAAGUGUGGAUGCCAUCUGAAAUUUGCCCUGCACUCAGACGGGAAAACAUGUGUUGAGACUUGUGCUGUGAACAAUGGAGGCUGUGACAGCACGUGUCAGGACGCUGCCACGGGUGUCCGCUGUAGUUGCCCGGUGGGAUUCACAUUACAGCCUGACAGAAAGACAUGCAAAGAUAUUGACGAAUGUCGCCUUCACAAUGGUGGCUGUGACCACGUCUGCAGGAACACAAUUGGAAGCUUUGAGUGUAGCUGCAAAAAGGGCUACAAACUGCUGACUAAUGAAAGAACUUGUCAAGAUAUUGAUGAAUGCUCCUUUGACAGAACAUGUGAUCACGUCUGCGUGAACUCCCCUGGAAGUUUUGAAUGCUUUUGCCACAAGGGUUACACAUUAUAUGGACUAACACACUGUGGAGACAUUGACGAAUGCAGCAUGAACCAUGGUGGCUGCAAGCACGGCUGUGUUAAUACUCCAGGAGGCUAUCAAUGCUCCUGCCCCAAUGGUGGCUACAGACUGCACUGGAACAAGAAAGACUGUGUUGAGGCAGCGAAGUGCCUGCCGGGUUCCAACCCACCUCGAGCUCAACUUUCCUGCGUCAAGAGUGGGAAGAGAGAGACCUGCUCCCUCAACUGUGCUUCCAAGGCACACUUUCAGGCAGGUUCUGAUAACAGCUACACAGUGAGCUGUGGGGCUCCUACACGAAGGGCCAGUCCUCAACAACGACAAAACACCAGCAACGCAGGUUGUGUAGAGGCUCUAGCUCCCCCAGUCAAACAAAGAGCUUCCUUCAAGAUAAAAGAUGCCAAGUGCCACCUUCAUCCACGCAUUAAGGGAAAGCAGGACAGCGGGCAUCCAAUUAUCACAGGAGGUGCCUUCCCUUGUACAGACAACUGCCAAGUUACUUUUGUGAAUCUAAAGUGUGAUUCUUCCAAGAAAGCAAAAGGUCGCCGAACUCGUAACCCUCCAGGCAAAGAAGUGACUCGCAUUACACUGGACUUUGAAGCAGAAAUAAGAAAGGAAGAUAUCACAGGCAGCUGCAACAUUAACUGCCUGAGACAGAAGAUGGAGAAGAAACUGAAAUCUGCAAUUAAAACUCUUAAGAAAUCAAUUAAUCAGCAGCGAUUUCACAUUCGCUUCUCUGGGACAGAGUAUGAAGUGGCAAAAAAGUUGGCAAAAGUGCCUGAGAAACAGGAGGCAUGUAACAUUGGGCAGGAAUGGAUCGACGGGAAGUGUGUCAGCUGCUCGCCAGGAUCCUUCUAUCAUGGCCAACAAGAGAAAUGUGUUCUGUGCCCUGCUGGCACCUACCAGGAGAAAGAUGGACAGUUGUCGUGUGAUCUUUGUCCUGGAACUGAUGGACAUGGUCCAACUGGAGCACGAAACAUAAGUGUCUGCACAGGUCAGUGCAACCCGGGGCAUUAUUCAGCCGACGGGUUUCAGCCAUGUCAGUUGUGCAGUCGAGGCACAUACCAGCCUGAACCAGGCCGCACACUCUGUUUCCAGUGCGGAGGAGGAUUGAUGACAAAGCAAGAAGGAGCUUCAUCCUUCCAGGACUGUGAUACUAAAGUUCAGUGCUCUCCUGGCCAUUAUUACAACACAACAGUUCACCGGUGCAUACGAUGUACCUUGGGUACCUACCAACCAGAGUUCCGACAGAAUUACUGCAUUGCAUGUCCCGGCAACACCACGACUGACUUUGAUGGAUCAACUACAGUCAGACAGUGCAAAAAUCGACAGUGUGGUGGCGAACUUGGGGAAUACACAGGGUACAUUGAAUCCCCCAACUAUCCCGGGAACUACCCAGCAAAUGUGGAAUGCACCUGGAACAUUAACCCACCUCCCAAAAGAAAAAUCCUGAUAGUGGUCCCUGAAAUAUUCUUACCCAUUGAGGAUGACUGUGGGGAUGUUUUAGUCAUGAGAAAAAACUCUUCACCAACAUCAAUCACAACAUAUGAGACCUGCCAGACCUAUGAACGGCCAAUAGCUUUUACUGCCAGGUCCCGCAAGCUGUGGAUCAAUUUCAAAACUAAUGAAGCAAACAGUGCCAAAGGGUUCCAGAUACCAUAUGUCACUUAUGAUGAGGAUUAUGAGCAGCUUGUUGAAGAUAUUGUACGAGAUGGUAGAUUAUAUGCUUCAGAAAACCAUCAAGAAAUUUUAAAGGACAAGAAGCUGAUUAAAGCUCUCUUUGAUGUACUGGCACAUCCACAAAAUUACUUCAAGUACACAGCACAGGAGUCCAAUGAGAUGCUGCCAAGAUCUUUUAUCAAACUGCUUCGUUCCAAAGUUUCCAGCUUUCUAAGGCCCUACAAAUAGUUGACAGACCAAAGGCGAUAAAAUGACCAACUGAAUUUUAUUUUUACAGCUUUGUAACCAUAAUAUUUCACUAUGCUGACUUUCUUUUGUGGCUUUCUUCAAAAGGAUCCCAGUUCAUUCUUCACUGUACAUUAUUUAUAGCUCUCAGUCCAUCAUAACGAAGACUGUUCAUUCCUUAUAUUUAUGUGUACGCUGGUAUAUAUGACUGCUGGGAGCACAUCCAAAACCUGCUCCAUAUGCAAGCAUACUUUAUGCACUAGGACUUUCUGUCUGCAUUGUGUGUUUUUUUUCCUGUAUAAGAAAGAAAGUGCAAUGAUUUCUUUUAUCCUGUUGGAUGUUUGAAUGGAAGUUUUUUCUACAGAAAGACGGCAAUAUUUAUAUCUGCAAGGAAGCUUUUCUCGUCUCCACUGCAGUAUAACAACAUCACCCACAAAUCACAUCAUAAUGAAAACUGGCAGGAUUGCAAUGUUGCGCAUUUAUAAUUUUGGAAUUUAUUUGCACUUGAGAAUUAUAUUUGAACAUGUACAAAAGUUUGGUUUUUGUAUUUUCAUUGUUUUGAUUGAAUUGAAAUUUUCACAGUUUGUUUUUGUUUUUUCCUUUUUUUUAAUGCUAGUUUGUCCCAAUUUUUCAUAAUGCUUAAGCUUGUAUCAUACAAUACAACCAUUUGGUAAAUGAAAGGGACUUAAAAAUUUCUAAGAAUUUCAAGUAUAGUUCUGAUGAUGCAAACACUAGCUCUUCUGGCCCUGCCAUGGGUCGAUGGACUAUAUAUUAAUAUCAUUUUAGUGCAAUUUUGAUACUUUUCCAAUAUAUCAAAUAUAUUUCAUGUUUCCAGACAGUUUAUUUGUUUACCUCAAUAUCUAUAUUG